AUGUUCCUGAAAAUAUCAUUUUUUUUCCUUAUAUUUCUUCCUUCCUUCCUUUCUUUCUUUCUUUUUUUCUUUCUUUCUUCUUCCUUUCUUCCUUCCUCCCAACCUUCCUUUCUUCCUUUCAUCCUUCUUCCUUCCUUCCUUUCUUCCUUCCUUCCUUUCAUCCUUCUUUCUUCCUUCCUUCUUUCCUUUCUUUCUUUCUUUCUUUCUUUCCUUCCUUCCUUCCGCCCUUUCUUCCUUCCUAAACUUUCUUUCUUUCUUUCUUUCUUUCUUUCUUUCUUUCUUUCAUCCUUCCUUCCUUCCUUCCUUCCUUCCUUCCUUCCUUCCUUCCUUUCUUUCUUUUUCAUCCUUUCUUCCUUCCUUCCUUUCUUUCUUUUUCUUCUUUUCUUCCUUCCUUUCAAAUUUCUUUCUUCCUUUCAUCGUUCUUCCUUCCUUUCUUUCUUUCUUUCUUUCUUUCUUUCUUUCUUUCUUUCUUUCUUUUCUUUGUUCCUUCCUUUCUUUCUUUUUCCUUCCUUCCUUCCUUUUUUCCUUUCUUCCUUCCUUCCUUCCUUCCAACCUUCCUUCCUUCCUUUCAUCCUUCUUCCUUCCUUCCUUCUUUUCUUUCUUCCUUCCUUCCUUUCUUUCUUUCCUUCUUUCUUUCUUCCUUCCUUCCUUCCUUCUUUUCUACCUUCCUUCCUUCCAACCUUCCUUCCUUCCUUUCUACCUUUCUUUCUUUCUUUCUUUCUUUCUUUCUUUCUUUCAUCCUUCCUUCCUUCCUUCCUUCCUUCCUUCCUCCCUUCCUUCCUUCUUUCCUUCCUUCCUUCCUUCCUUCCUUCCUUCCUUCUUCCUUCCUUCCUUCUUUCCUUCCUUUCUUUCUUUCUUUUUCUUCCUUUCUUCCUUCCUUUCUUCCUUCCUUCCUUUCAAUCUUCCUUUCUUCCUUUCAUUCUUCUUCCUUUCUUUCAUCCUUCUUCCUUCCUCCCUUUCUUCCUUCCUUCCUUCCUUUCUUUCUUUCUUUCUUCCUUCCUUCCUUCCUUCCUUCUUUCCUUCCUCUCUUCCUUCCUUCCUUCCUUCCUUCUCUUUUCCUUUCUUUUCUUUCCUUUCCUUUCAUUCUCUAAUGCUUCAUUAUAUUUUUCUUUCUUUUUUCUUCCUACAAUCACGUCCCCUUCUUCUCAGGUCCUGCGGCGGUGGACGCGUAGCCAAGCGACAGGUGUAGACGCACUGGCAAUCAUAGUCACAACUCGAUCAUAUGGUCUGGGCCGCCACAUGGACGACGAUCGUCCCCCCCCCACCAAAAGAGAUUGCUCUAUGGCGAGCUAUCCACUGGCAAGCGCACACUCGUUAGAAAGAAAGAAACUUUACAAAGACACGCUGAAAGAGUCUCUCAAGCGUUGUGGCAUUGCCUAUUGCACCUGGGAAGAGUCUGCUGAUGACUGUGUCGUCUAG